CCUUUCCUCAUUCUUUGAUCAACUUUCCAUCUUUUUUCCAUCCGUCCAUCAUUUCCUUUUUGUUGUCUGAAUUCUCUUUUUGGAUUCGGCAUUCUUACUUCCUCGUCACUCUCUUUAACUGCCAGAACGGCUGAUUUCUUGAUUACCAUUUCCGUAUAAUCACACUCACGCUCUUUUAAUAGAAUUAGCUUCCGGCUGGUGUGACCUUGCUCGACGUUAUACCAACCUGCUUAUACCACAUAUCGAUCACUUUCCCGAGAAUCGAUAAUCUAUAUUCGCCAACAUGAAGGUUUCCGCUACCCUCGCUGCUGGUGCCCUCGCCCUCGGCGUUGAGGCCAAGAACUACCUUGGUUUCAACUCUGGUGCCACCCUCGCCAACCGUGCCGCCAAGUUCAAGGCCGACUUCCAGGCUGAGUUCGAGACUGCUCAGAACCUGAAGAGCGCUCCCGGCGACUUCAGCGCCGUCCGACUCUACACCAACAUCCAGGCCUACUCCGAGGAUGACCCCAUCGAGGCUUUCGAGGCUGCCAUCGACACCAAGACCGAGAUCCUCCUCGGUGUCUGGACUUCCGGCACUGACAACAUCGACAAGGAGAUCAGCGCCCUCAAGAAGGCUGUCGACAAGUACGGCUCCAAGCUGACCGACCUCGUCAUCGGUGUCUCCGUUGGUAGCGAGGAUCUCUACCGUAACUCCGUUACUGGCGUUAAGAACAAGGGUGGUGUCGGUGUUCAGCCUGAUGUCCUCGUUGACUUCAUCAACGACUUCAAGAAGGCUUUCAAGGGUACCCCCAUUGGCAAGAUCCCUGUCGGCCACGUCGACACCUGGGACGUCUGGGGCAACGCUACCAACAAGGCCGUCCUCGACGCCAUCGAUUUCAUCGGUGUGGAUGAGUACCCCUACUAUGAGAACGACAAGGGCAACAGCAUCGACAACGCUGCCAAGCUCUUCAACAAGGCGUACGAGGCCACCAUCGCCGCCUCCGGUGGCAAGCCUGUCUGGGUCACUGAGACUGGCUGGCCUUACAAGGGUCCCGACUGGGAUGAGGCUGUUCCUAGUGUGAAGAACGCUCAGAAGUACUGGCGCGACGUUGGCUGCAAGUACCUCUUCAACAAGACCCCCACUUUCUGGUACACUCUCCGCGACUCCAACCCCGACAACAAGAUGAAGUUCGCCAUCACUGAUAACCUCUCCACCACUCCUCUCUUCGAUCUCUCUUGCGACAAGGUUGACGAUGAGGAGACCACCAGCUCUGCCGUCCACUCCAAGACCAAGACCGAGUCCGGUGCUUCCAAGCCCACUCACGCUUCUAACUCCACCGCUACCUUCAUCACCUCUACUGCCUCUGCCACCAGCGGCUCUGGCGAUGAUGAGGAAGCUACUGGCACUGCCACCGCUACUGGCUCUGGUUCUAAGCCUACCUCUGGAUCCGGCUCCGGCUCCGGUUCUGAGUCUGGCUCUGGCUCUGGCUCUGGUUCAGAGGGUUCUGGAUCCAGCUCUGGCUCUGGUUCUCAGUCUGGUUCCAGCUCUGGUUCCGGCUCCAGCUCCGAGUCUGGCUCUGCCCCUGCUGAGACUCCCAGCACUAUCACCAACGGUGCUGCUUCUCUCGGCGUCUCCACUGUCGCCCUUGCCUUCCUUGCCCUGUUCGCUCUGUAAAUAUACUGAAUGGAUCGUGGGUUGAAUGACGCCCAUUGCGUGUCUUGACUUUUUUCUCGCGCCCGAGAUCUGUUUCUUGUAUUAGUUCUGGGUAGAUUAGGAUAGACAAUGGUUGACUCUAUUUCCUUCUGACUAUAAGAAAGC